UUUUAUUAGAAAAUUUUGAUUAAGUUUUCAUUUCCGAACAUGAAAGGUGAAUAUGUAGAAGCCAGGAAUCAAAACCCCAACGACAUGUUCUCUAAGCUCCACCAACACCAAACUCAUCCGUUCUCUCGUAAGUUUCAGCUCUCCCGAACCCCCGAGUCCGAUGACACCACUCACACCCCUAACCACGGCCCCAAAGAUGUUUCCACCAACACCACCCAUGGCCCUUCUCUUCCCAGCGGCGAUGCUAACAGUGGUGGAGAUGGAGCCAGCAUCGAAAUCGUUCGUAGACCCAGGGGACGUCCUCCGGGUUCCAAAAACAAGCUCAAGCCGCCCGUCGUGAUCACUCACGAGCCCCAGCCUGCAAUGAGUCCAUACAUUCUGGAAAUCCCUGGAGGAAACGACAUCGUAGAAGCCGUCUCCCGCUUUUCUCGCCGCAAGAACAUUGGAAUCUGCGUGCUCACGGGAUCCGGUACUGUUUCCAACGUGUCUCUCCGUCAACCUUCUUCGGCCACUCCAGGAGGCACCAUAACUUUCCAUGGAACAUUCGAAAUCUUAUCCCUUUCCGCCACGUUCCCAACCCAAACGACGUCGUGCCACGUGCCCAGCACCAUACCCAUAUCUUUGGCCGGUCCUCAAGGGCAGAUCGUUGGAGGGUUCGUAGCUGGUCCGCUUGUAGCAGCUAGCAACGUGUUUUUAGUAGCUGCUACAUUCAACAACCCUUCCUAUCACCGUUUACCCGGGGAAGAAGAAGAAGGGAGGAAUACGGUGUCGUCUGGUGGUGCAGGUGGGCAGUCGCCGCCAUUGUCUGGUGGUGGUGGAGAUAAUAGUCACGGUGGUGGGGCAGAUUCUUGUGGCGUUUCGAUGUAUAAUAAUCAUUUGGGCGGAUCGGAUGUCAUUUGGGCUCCAACUGCAAGAGCUCCACCGCCUUACCACUAAGUUCAAAUCUUUAGCUUUUCAAGCUUUCUUUUAAAAAUUCUCAUCUUUAAAAGUAGUGUGAAUGAACGGAGGUUUAGAUGUUUUUCUCCUCCUCUGAGCUUGUUUAGUCUUUUUGUACUUCCGUUUCAUGAAAUGAUAAUUAAUUCCUUUGUUUAAAAUUUCAAAUAUU